AUGAUUCGCGCAUGGAGCCUGGGCUUGCUUGCACUGGCGUUGGGCCCCUCAAUGCCAGCUGCGAAAUCACUGUGGUCGACCUCACCCGCGACGUACGGCGAGGGAGAUGAUUACAUCCUGAAGACGGGUUACCUCCUUGGCAACGGGAAACUUGGAGCCAUACCCUUCGGGCCUCCUGGUACAGAAUGCCUCAUUCUGAAUCUGGACUCGUUGUGGUCCGGCGGGCCAUUCGAGAACUCGACUUACACCGGAGGCAACCCCCCGGGCCCCGUUCACCAGUAUCUGCCCGGGAUACGCGACUGGAUAUUUCAGAAUGGCACAGGCAAUAUCUCUGAGCUCCUGGCACCCAUCACCAACUACGGGUCCUACCAGACCCUGGGUAACCUGACUGUCAGCCUUGCCGGGGUGGACGACUAUACCAAUUAUACCCGGGAGCUCGAUCUCGACACUGGAGUGCACAAAACCUCAUGGACCACGGGUGAAACGACGUUCGAGACCACUGUUUUCUGCUCAUAUCCAGCCAAGAGUUGUGUCUACGGUCUUUCCGCAAGUUCCAGUCUCCCUGCCGUCACGAUAUCUCUCGGCAAUGAAUUGAUGAGUGCCGGCCUGAUCAACGUCACCUGCGGCGCUGGGUACACACGCCUGAGAGGAAUCACCCAGGAAUCAAUAGGGUUGCAAUUUGAGUCAAUCGUGAGAGUGGCGGGCAAUGCCAGCUCGUCAUGCUCAGAGACAGGGUCACUCACGGUCACCCCAGCGGCUGGCCAGAGAGCCGUGACAAUUGUGUUGUCUGCCGAGUCGGAUUUUGACCAGACCAAAGGCAAUGCGGAAGAGAGCUUCUCGUUCAGGGGCGAAGAUCCCGGGCCAGUAGUGGACGCAACAACAGCUCUUGCUGCAUCCCGGGCGUAUGAGGAUUUAUUGUCUGAUCAUGUCCGAGAUUAUUCGUCGUUGAUGGGUCUCUUCAAGUUGACCAUCCCCGAUACUGCUGGUUCCUCGGCCGUCGAGACGUCUGAGCUGGUGACGCGCUAUACAAAGGGCACUGCUGACCCCUUCCUGGAGUCGCUCAUGUUCGACUAUUCACGACACCUUCUCGUGUCGUCGUCCCGAGAGGGAUCACUCCCGGCAAACUUGCAAGGCCGCUGGACCGAGGAGACGAAUCCGGCCUGGAACGCAGACUAUCACGCCAACAUCAACCUCCAGAUGAACUACUGGGGGGCUGAUGCAACCGGGCUGACUUCACUGACGAGGCCGGUCUUUGAGUACAUGGCCCAGAACUGGGCCCCAAGAGGAAGCGAGACUGCCCAGCUUCUGUACAACGGCUCCGGAUGGGUGGUACACAACGAGAUGAACAUCUUUGGAUACACCGGAAUGAAGAACGAUGCACAGUGGGCAAAUUAUCCCGCCUCAGCAGCGUGGAUGGCGUUGCAUGUCUUCGACCACUGGGACUAUGACCGCGAUGUCGCCUGGCUCGCAGGGACCGGAUACCCUCUCCUCAAGGGCGUUGCAUCCUUCUGGCUGUCACAGCUCCAGGAGGAUCGCUUCUUCAAUGACAACACACUUGUGGUCAACCCGUGCAACAGUGCCGAGCAGGGCCCAACCACAUUCGGGUGCACCCACUACCAGCAGCUGAUCCACCAGCUCUUUGAGGCCGUGCUAAGCACCGCACCGCUGGCAUCCGAAUCAGACACCGGCUUCCUGUCCUCCGUGUCCAGCGCGCUCGCCUCGCUCGACACCGGCAUCCACAUCGACCCUGACGCAACGUACGGCGCCGGCGUGCUCAAGGAGUGGAAGGUGCCAGACUCGUACCUGUUCAACGUCUACCCCCAGCAUCGCCACAUCUCCCACCUGGUCGGCUGGUAUCCCGGGAACACGAUCUCUGGCUUCUCCGGCGGCUACAGCAACGCGACACUGCAGGAGGCCGUCCGGGCAAGCUUGGUCGAGAGGGGAGACGGCACCAGUGCGGACGGGAACGGCGGCAACUACGGGUGGCCCAAGGUCUGGCGCGGGGCGUGCUGGGCGCGGCUGAACGACUCGUCCAGGGCCCACGAGGAGUUGCAGCUGACCCUCCUGAACAAUGUUGCGCCCAACCUGUUGAGCAUGUACAGUGGCCAGAACCCGCCGUUCCAGAUCGACAUGAACUUUGGCUGGGCAGGGAAUGUCUUGAGCAUGUUGGUGGUGGACCUGCCCCUGUCGGCCGGGAGGGAGGAGGAGACGAGGACGGUGGUCUUGGGCCCGGCGAUCCCAAGCGCCUGGGGAGGAGGCAGCGUGGAGGGUCUCCGUGUCAGGGGAGGGGUCGUGGUAGAUUUCGAGUGGGAUGCGGAUGGACUGGUGACCAGCAAGAGCAUUGUCAAUGGUGACGUUGAAAAGGUCAGAUUUGUCAACGUACAGGGACAAGAGCUUUAG